AACAUUAACAACAACAGCCUGUCCCGGGUUAUACGGGAGAUAUUCAUUCUAAUCCUGGUUCCCACCAUGGCUCUCCUUCCCAGUGUCAUUUUGCAGGUGUUCAGCUGGAAUGGGCUUAUUCUCCUCCUGCAGUUGGUGAGGAAUGGACUGGCGGCCAUUGUUGGAGUCUGGACGGUGAGGCUGCUGGCUCGUCACGUUUGGUACACUCAUAGAUUGGGCCGCUUCAACAAGCCACAGACACAUUCGUGGCUGAUAGGUCACCUUGGCCAGAUGCAGAGCUCAGAAGAGGGUCUCCAACAGGUGGAUGAAUUGGUGCAGACCUACAAGCACUCCUGCUGCUGGUUCCUCGGACCUUUCUAUCACCUGGUCAGAGUCUUCCAUCCCAACUACGUGAAGCCCCUUCUGAUGGCCUCUGCCAACAUCACGGUGAAGGAUGAGUUGAUCUACGGCCAUCUGCGUCCAUGGCUGGGAAACAGUUUGUUGAUUAGCAGCAAAGACGAAUGGUUUCGCAAGAGGCGGCUGUUGACUCCAGCUUUUCAUUUCGACAUCCUUAAAAACUACAUUGUGACAUUUAACUCCUCGACUAACACCAUGCUGAAUAAAUGGCAGCGGCUGGUGGCAGAAGGGACAACCAACAUAGAAUUGUUUGACCAUGUCACUCUGAUGACACUGGACAGCUUAUUAAAGUGCGCCUUCAGCUACCAGAGCAACUGUCAGGAGUCCAGCAGUGAGUAUGUUUCUGCCAUUGUAGAGCUCAGCGACCUGGUGAUAGAUCGGCGCUUUCGCAUUUUACACCACUGGGACUGUAUCUACUGGAAAACUCAGCAAGGAAAGAGAUUUAAACAAGCAUUAGGUGUGGUACAGAGGUUCACCAGGGAUGUUGUGCAGAAGCGCCGUGCUCUUAUUGCCCAGCAGGGGGAGACAGAGACACAAACGAACGCAGCCCCACAGAAAAAGAAAGAUUUCGUGGACAUCAUACUUCUGUCAAAGGAUGAAGACGGACAAGGACUCACAGAUGAGGAAAUACAGGCCGAAGCCAACACGUUCAUGUUUGCAGGACAUGAUACGACAGCAAGUGCGAUAUGCUGGACGCUCUACAAUUUAGCUCGACAUCCACACUAUCAGGAAAAAUGCAGGCAGGAAGUUAUGGAGCUGAUGGAUGGACGGAACGGGGAUGAAAUAGAGUGGGAAGAUCUGUCCAACCUUUCUUUUACCACCAUGUGCAUCAAAGAAAGCCUCAGACUCCACCCUCCAGUCCAGGCUGUAACGAGGAAAUACACCCAGGACAUGACACUGCCAGGAGAUCUAACGGUACCAGAGGGUGUAAUCUGUUUGGUUAGCCUUUAUGGGACACACCACAACCCUGAAGUUUGGAGUAACCCACAUGAGUUUGAUCCUCUGCGUUUUGACCCAGCCAACAUAAAGAGUCACUCUUCUCAUGGCUUCAUCCCCUUCUCCUCAGGCCCCAGGAACUGCAUUGGGCAGAAAUUCGCCAUGGCUGAGCUUCGAGUCGUCUUAGCUUUAACCCUGCUGAAGUUUCGUCUGACCUUGGGUGUUAACCCUGAAUGCAGUAGCAGCUCGGGGACAGUGCGACGUCUCCCCCAACUUGUCCUGCGUGCGGAAGGAGGCCUGUGGAUGCAGCUGGAACCUCUGAAGGAAUCAUGUUUUAGGGAACCUCCAAACAAAUGAGCUAUAACACAUAGAUACGAUGUAAGAUUGCUCAUUUGACUUUAGCCAAAUGCUCUGCUUCAGUUUAAUUCUAGGCUAAAAAAUAUGUUUGUAAUUGUGAAUGCAAGAUUUACAU